AUGGUUCUCCAUAACAAAAAACCCAAGCAGCAGUUACUUACAGAGCUUCUCGAACCAAAAACAAUGGCUGAUCAAGUCGAAUCAGACGUUCCCACAGCUGCUCUUGCGAAGAAGAGAACGUUCAAGAAGUUCUCCUACAAAGGAGUCGAUCUCGAAACUCUUCUUGAGAUGCCCACUGAUGAUCUUGUUAAGCCCUUCCCCGCCCGUAUUCAAAGAAGGUUGUCUAGAGGUCUGACGAGGAAGCCUUUGGCUCUAAUAAAAACAUUGCGCAAUGCGAAAAGGAAUGCACCAGCUGGUGAGAAGCCAGAAGUAGUGAGAACACAUCUAAGGAACAUGGUGAUUAUGCCUGAAAUUAUUGGAAGCAUCAUCGGUGUGUACAACGGAGAAACGUUUAACCAGAUCGAGAUUAAACCGGAGAUGAUGGGACACUACCUUGCGGAGUUCUCAAUCGAGAUUAAACCGGAGAUGAUGGGACACUACCUUGCGGAGUUCUCAAUCGAGAUUAAACCGGAGAUGAUGGGACACUACCUUGCGGAGUUCUCAAUUUCUUACAAACCGGUUAAGCACGGUAGGCCUGGUCAGGGUGCUACACCCUCCUCUAGGUUUAUUCCUCUCAAGUGAAGCCAUUACAAGACUCCAUGCUAUUUUCUACCUUAUCUUUUAUUUUAUUUUACACAUCUAAUUCUAUCUUCUUUAGUUGACUCUAUUGUCUUACAAAAAUUCGAAUUAUUUUCUUUUUUUAAUUAACACCAUGGGGUUUAAACUCGAGUUAAAGUAUGAAAUUUACUUGAUUUUACACAUGUUUAUGUAUCAGCCAUGAUAUCUCAUAAACUCAAGGAGUUGUAAUAGUGGAACCUUUCUUUAGGUCAAAAGCAACAUCGUGCCGUGAGAAAGACGUAAGUCUCACAAAAAAAUGCCAAAGCAAAAAGUAUAUAAUAAAAAAACACAAAAUCACAGUGAAGAGAGACACUUCUACUUUUAUUAAUGAGCUUGACUUGGUUCUAGUUAUAACU